CUCCCCCCCCCCCCUUCCCUCCCUCCCUCCCUCUAAUUAAAACGCAUAACCCGAGCACCCCUCUCCCUCUCCUUCCUCUCUUCUCAGAUCUAACUCUUCAUUCCCUUUUCUCUCCAAUCUCACUCCACCAAUGGCGGCCUCAUCACCUCGCGAAGAGAAUGUUUACAUGGCCAAGCUGGCCGAGCAGGCCGAGCGUUAUGAGGAGAUGGUCGAGUUCAUGGAGAAAGUCUCCGCCGCCGUCGAAAACGAAGAGCUCACCGUCGAGGAGAGGAAUCUCCUCUCCGUCGCUUACAAGAAUGUGAUCGGCGCCAGGCGGGCCUCCUGGCGUAUCAUCUCUUCAAUCGAGCAGAAAGAGGAGAGCCGCGGCAACGAGGACCAUGUGUCCAUGAUCCGCGACUACAGGGCCAAGAUCGAGUCUGAGCUUUCCUCUAUCUGCGAAGGGAUCCUCAAGCUCCUCGAUACCAGGCUUAUCCCAUCCGCCUCCACCGGGGACUCCAAGGUCUUCUACCUCAAGAUGAAGGGGGAUUACCACAGAUACUUGGCCGAGUUCAAGACCGGAGCCGAGAGGAAGGAGGCCGCGGAGAGUACUCUCACAGCUUACAAAUCUGCUCAGGAUAUUGCAAAUGCAGAGCUGGCACCAACUCAUCCGAUCCGUCUUGGCCUGGCUCUGAACUUUUCUGUGUUUUACUAUGAGAUCCUCAAUUCUCCUGAUCGCGCCUGCAAUCUCGCCAAACAGGCAUUUGAUGAAGCUAUUGCGGAAUUGGAUACUCUCGGCGAGGAAUCAUACAAGGACAGCACUUUGAUCAUGCAGCUUCUGCGGGAUAAUCUCACUCUGUGGACAUCUGACAUGCAGGUAUUGAAUGCGACCCAUCAUUAUGCAUCCAUUUUUGAUAAAAUUCAUCAUAAGGAUAUGAUUGACUUUGAUAUGAAAUACGUGUUGUUGGAUCAGGAUGAUGGAGCAGAUGAGAUUAAGGAAGCAGCAGCCAAGCCCGGUGAAGAUCAGCAGUGAAGUUAUCCGACUGCUAAAUUAGGAUCGAGCUUCUCUAUAUGUUUUUGAUUGGAGAGGGUGUUUGUUGCUAAUUUCCUUGUUGCCCAAAAGUUUUUAGGCAUUCUUGUCUUGGUUAAAUGAAUCAUGGAUGUACUGGGUUUUUAUUUUCUUUUCUUUUAUUUUUCAUUUUGCCGUUGCGUUUAGCUUGUGGUAUUAAUUCUUAUGUGGUAUUUUCAUUAAGAUAUUGAAGCUUUAAUUCUGUUGUUGGCAUCAGAAUGUUAUGCUCAGCCAUCAUUAAUUUGGGUAUUUGUAUCUCACCUGAAUGAAGCCAAUCCCCAAAUAAACCUCUGGUUUAAAAUAUA